CUGCCCAGUAACCUCUGGGAUUGGGAUGGCGCUGAGUCCAGGCGUUCUCUCUGCAAAACCCCGCCCCCGCGCCCCCAUUUCGGUGCCAAAAAUGGUGGUCUAGGGAGUGGGCUGGGGAGGUGAGUGGAUCCCCCCGCCCAGGAAGACAACACGGGCACUGAGAAAUAGUUUCUAAGCAGUCCUUCGCUUUCACUUCCCGCCUGAAAAGAAAUGACGAGCGUUACUGGCUCCGCAGGUCACAGCGGGGCACCUGGAGGAGAGGCCGCCUCGGAACCAGCCGCCGGGAGAGGUUCAGACCAUCCUGAACAUGGAAAAAGCCUGCAAAGAGCCCGAGGAGCGGCCACAGAGCUCGCCCAAGGCGGAUGAAGAGCGGCCUUCUGUGGAGCAGUCUCCCGAAAAGUCGUCUCCGGAGGAGCAGUCUUCGGAGGAGGCGUCCUCGGAGGAGGAGUUCUUUCCCGAGGAACUCCUUCCUGAGCUCCUUCCCGAGAUGCUCGAGUCCGAGGAGCGCCCUCCUCAGGAGCGCCUGUCGAGGAAGGACCUUUUUGAGGCGCGCCCUCCCAUGGAGCAGCCUCCUUGCGGAGUGGGCAAACACAAGCUAGAAGAGGGAAGCUUUAAGGAAAGGCUGGCCGGCUCCCGCCCGCAAUUUAGAGGGGACAUACACGGCAGAAAUUUAAGCAACGAGGAGAUGAUAAAGGUAGCAGAGGAGAUGGAAGAGAUGAAGCGAGUACGAAACAAACUGAUGAUCAUGCAUUGGAAGGCCAGGCGGAACCGUCCUUAUCCUAUUUAAUGUGUUCGGCCUUGAAUUUUGUUUUGUCUGAUGUUUGC